AUGCGUUUGCCCAACAAGGUGCUCCAGCCACACCAACACCUGCUACACAGGCAAGGAUCCAGCAGUGGGUCAAAGAAAGGCUCCAUGGUCCGACAAAACAGCGAAGACCUGCGCAAGGAGAGGAGAAGGGGACCGGCGCAAUUAACGCCGAUCCCCCUCCUGAACCAUAGUCCAAGGCAGAGGUAUUCUGGCAAAGCUCUCCUUGAAACUCUGCCGCCAAUUGAUGGCUUGGACCUCACUUCCGUCGAUGCUCCGACCCCACGUGUCUCCAUUGCCAAGGGGCCGCAGAUACACCAGCUGGCUUUUGAGCUCCGAAUUCCCUUGGAGCUCGUGCAGUCAGCGACCGACAUCUUUAGCAGAUACUCCGACGGAGAAGGCACGGACUUGUUCCAGCGAAAGCUGCGGAUGACCAAUUUUCCGAAGCUGUUGUGCGAGCUGACCCGGGUAGAAAGUCUUUCUGAUUUGUCACCACACUUCGUGGAGACUGCGACGCGAACCGCUAACCGGACUGGAAGCGACACUAUCGAUGUCAGGGACUUUUUUAUCUGGUACUCGGCCUUCAGCUUCUCAGAAGAGUUGACACCCAACAAGGAAGAUCAUAGGACCAGGCGCCUGGCCAAGAAGCUGGGCCUUGAAGUUGUAGAUGUGGACGAUUAUCGCAAAGCAUUUGACAAGUUCGAUGCGGACAAGAGCGGUGUGAUCGAGAUAGAUGAGUUUGAGGACAUCUUACGGCAUCUGCUGAAGCUACCGAAAGAGACAGAGCUGGAGCCCAACCGUGUCGCCAAUCUUUGGCGAAUUGCUGACAAGAAUCGGGAUGACGUAGUGGACUUUGAGGAGUUCUGCUUGUUCUGGUCAGAGUCCUAUGGAGGCAGCGACAAUAGCCAAGGACUGGAGAAUCUGUUUGCCAGUGUGUACCGUAGCUUGAGACGGGUCCCAACUGCACGAUUUAACUAG